GCUACAGCUUUAACAAACUGCGCGCGCUCCCGUGGACGACAAUCACUUUUCGGCACGACACCUGAUCGUUGCACACCGUUUCAAGGAAACAUGUUGUUCGAUCAGACAACGAAGCAAACCGGUGCAAAACGUUUCGAGACUGAACUCGCCUCAGGCUUCUGGAGGAAGCCACGCAGCUGUUAAAUCUCCGUUAGUGGCGGCACAGUGAAGACAAAGUGAUGUUUAAUCUUCAGAUGACUCCCGCAGCUAUGAUGAAGCGUCUUCCUCUGCUGUGUCUCUGUCUCCUGACUCGGUCUGGAGCAACGUUUGCUGAUGAACACGGGUCGGGUGUCGUCAGAGUGGUUGUGGAAGAAGGGAGUGACGCCAUUUUACCCUGUUCCCUCAGCAACAAAGAGAACGCAGAGGAGAAACUCUUUGAUUGGAAGAAAGAUGGUCAGAAGGAGGUUUUCUUUUAUGAUGGAGGCAUUCAUUACAACAACGGUCGUCCAGGCCAAGAUCGGCAGUUCAAAGGUCGCAUCUCACAUUUUCAAGAUGAGCUGAAGUACGGCAACGCCUCCAUCAUUAUCAGUAAAACGAAGAUGACUGACAGUGGAAACUACACCUGUGAUUUUCCACGUCUUCAGCCAAGACGGAUAUUCAACAUUCAGUUUGUUGUUGCAGUUGCAGCUCAAAAGCCGUCUGUCACUGCAAUCGAUCAAACAGAGGAUGGGGUGCUGCUGCAGUGUGAAGUUCGAGGUGCUUCUCCUAAACCUACAGUAGAGUGGCAGGACAGUGCUGGGAACAUCCUUCCUGCUGAGGAGCCACAGGUCUCAGAAAGAGGAGGCAGCUAUGACAUCAUCCUCCAAACUACUGUGAACACGACUGACCGCUUCACCUGUGUAGUCACACAGGACGAAAUCAGCCAUCAGAUUUUUGCUGAGAUCUACGUGCAGGUCGAUGGCCACUGCGAGCUAGGUCUGUGUUUGGGCAACCGGGCUAAUGCCCCGAGACUUAAAGCCCCAAGGUUGCGUUUCUACUAUCAGCAUCUAAUGAAGCGGUGUAGGCCGCAACUUCCUCCGUUAGCCAUGGCCCUGCCAUCCUGCGUGCCCUGGAGCUUAACGAGUCAGCAGAGGUGUGACCCUACCUGGUGAAGACGGGGUGAGAUCAGCGGAAAAAGGACUUCAGCUCACGCUCCAACGUCCUCAGAGGGCAGCAAGUUGAGAGCCAAGAACUCGAUCAGGUCCCCCGCAGGAUGGUUUGUUGCUGUGUUAGUUAUUUUUCUUGCUGUUCUUAUUCUUCUUGCUGUACUUAUAGCAAAAGGUGUCAUCCCACUUAACUGUCAGAAAGCAGACAUAAGGAAGACAACCGGCACAGG